AUUCCUUUGAGCUUGCAAUUUAAAUUACAUGUGCAAUAUUAAUUAUAUAAUUAUACCAUCAAAGUAUUUAUACCAAGUGGGAGAUGUGCAUUUAAAUAUUAAGAACGUAUAAAAAAAAGAACAAAAGAAAUUUAUUCACUAAUUAUCCACCGGAUAUUUUUGAUAACGUAUACAAAUACCUGAUAAUUCAAAGAUGUUAUUUAAUGUAAAAUAUCAAACAUGAAAGUUGAAGCAAUAUGUCUUCAUCUUUUUAAUGCAUGCAUUAAUACAAUAUAACAUAUAAUAAAUUAUGUUAUAUUAUAUUAACAUACAGACGGUAAAAGACUUUAUGCGCUCAUAACGUAAUCUAUAUCUAUAAAGUUUACCGAAAGAUUCGCAGAUUUAGUGUAGCAGUGGAGCAACCGAUCGUUAUGUCAUUUGUCAUUUUUACGUCUUGUUAUUUUACUUUAUUGAAACAAAGUCAGUCGUAUCUUUAUAACCUUACGAAAUGUAUCAUAUUUAUCGCUUAAUUGUCUUUUGCAAAAGAUGAUUAUAUAAUAAAUAACUACUGGUUUGUAAUAUAUAUAUAUAUAUAUAUAUAUAUAUAUAUACAGCGCGUUAAUAUUUAGAACGUAAUUUAUUAGCCUACAAUAAAUGUAUCGUUCCUAAGUAUCCAUUGACCAGUAUCCCAAGAAAUUUUGAAGAAAAUACGAUCAACAAGUAAAAGCACACGCAAAUGCCACAUGUCAACCUCUAACAUAUCCUUCAUUGACGGCGUAGGUCUACUUAGAGAGAGAUAUGGCUGAUGAGAUAAUCAGUAAGCGAUUCCAAAUUUGAAUUUUGUAACACAUUAACAUAUAUGAUAACUUGUAUAUUUUUAUCACACAUUUGCAUCAGCAAAAUCAUAAUAUUUAUUCUAGAGAUAAACUCAAGUAAGACGUAUGAGAUAUGUCGCAAUCUUGCGAACGAAAUCCUCAUUCGAGAUGGAGCAACUCCUACAUUCAUAAAUACUCUUCUUUGCAUUCUGCGCCAACAUCAGAGGAAGAAAAAGCUUCACGAGCCCAUUCACCCCUUCUGACCUCUACGCAUUCGCAUCUGCUGGCUCAAGAAAAACUCACAUCCGCUUGCUGCAUUUGCUGCGAACAGUGCAACGGAUUAAAAUCGUCGAGGCGUUCAGCGAUUAUUAAUUAUAAGAAAUCGCGACAAUUGCAGGCAACUCUACAAGUAUAUUUGAUAAGGACCCAAGUGGAAGAGGCUGCGAUGGACGAUAAACAGACGACCUUGAUGCAGCAGCUGAGCUUAAUCAGCAAUGUAUUCGAAGCCGCUGUUCAACAUAUGCAAUCCUUACAAGUGUCGUAUCUCGCCGCGAAAAGAGUGUUCGAUAUGAGUCACGCCAUACUCGCACGUCAUUCUUCUUCGAGUGCAAAUUACACAAACAAUGAUUUCGUAUCGUAUCACGAACAGGUAAUUUUUAAGCGCACUUAAUUUCACGCUUUUAUAUUUCAAAAUUACGAAAAUUAAUGUUGAUCUGUAAAUAUUAAAUA